GCUGAGACAGGAAGUUUGUUCCAAGGUAUAAUGGGAUAUUGUUGGGGGUGAGCCAAUGCCAAUAGGUGUGGAUGACCACCGGGUUGGGUUAGUCGAUACUAUCUAUUGAUUCUAUUCAAUAGACACACCGAUAUUUACUUUAAUAGACGGGUUGAUUCCUACUUGGAUGUUUUGGAAGCCCCUGAAUGGAAACGGCAUAAGAAAGCUAUCCUUUCUAUAUAUCAUUCUAUAUUUCUUACUUCUUUCUCCCGAUAUCAGACGUGUCUACCUUACGAACCCUACUAGAUACAUACUACUAUCUAUACACACGACCUCCUCUUUCAGCCCAGCCCUAAUCCUACUCGUGUGCUUCCCUCUGGUGACAAUAUCAAAAAGAAACCACAAUGCAUCCCCCAUCAAACUCCAUCCUCCACCACAUGCACAAGCUCUCCGAAGCAGCAAGGACAAGGAGAGCACGCACAGUCAACAGACAAGACACGAGGCCGCCACCACCACCAUACACCCCACGAGAGAAAGAGGACGACCGUGUCGAUGUCGAUGAUAAUGACGAUGACGACAUCGACGAGGAGGACUAUGACGAUGAGUUCGACGAGUACAACGAAGAGGAGAGCAACAGUACCUGUUUCCACGAGAAGACUACCAGCAGCAGCAGGGUAACCCUCCACAUCGACGCAUCGAUCAGUAUAUCCGGAGACAGAAACACGAUCAUCUUACCCUGCAGACCCAGCUUCGCCCCGUCUACCACUCCUCCUACAACGACAGGGUCAUCAUUAGCUACACCAUCCCCCAUAGGCACCCUCCACUCCCUCCAGCGCCAACAACAACCAAAGCUAGCAUCUCUAGCUACAGAAAUCAUCUCCGCAGCUCUACAAGACCGAAGAAGGAUAUAUAUCCCUUCUAAUGGAAGAGGACAGCCAUCACCAGUACCGCUACCACCGGCACCACCCGUGGACGUCAAGAUCGACGUAGGGGUGAAGGUGAGGGGAUCCGGUAACGUUGUGUGCUUGGGUGCGAAGGCUGGUGGACCUGUUAGGAAACGGAGGCAGGAGAUGGCGUCUAGUGGGGAGGUGAUGGGGGGGAGGAAGAGACGGGCUCAGUCUGAGCCGUGUGAUAUGCCCAGGACGAAGAGAGUGUAAAUGGGGUCAGACUGUUUUCCUUCUACGCUUCUCCCAAUGAUGGAGGAAUCGAAAAGCUUGAAUGUAUUGCGUGUAUGAUGCGUGAUUAAUUACUGUGUUGGUUUAAUGUACGGUUUAUAUGAGGUUUCAUAAUGUCUUUGGGUAACUAUAUUGAUUGACUCUGAUGUGGAUGAUUGACGCUCUUACCCGCAUACAUAUAUAUUCAAUACUCUUCCUUUCCC